AGGGGCAGCGAACCCGCUGGGGGAGGAGCCGGGAAGGGGGCUCGAGGGCGGGGUGUCCAAGCCUGGGAAAGCCCCGUGGGGGAGGGGCGAUGGCUUUGAGGUAGGGUUUUGGGGAGAGGAAGCCAGAGCUAUUUCCUGCCUUCAGUGAGGACUCUCCUCUGAGGGCCUCCCCACCAGUUACCCAGUAGUGAUAUCUCCGCCCCUAAGCUGGCUCCUAUUUCACCAGCUCCUGAAGUGACAGCUGGAGAACCUAGGGGACGAAGUUCCCCGCUCCCCAUCCUGGCCCCCUACCCUCCACCCUCUCCCCAGAGGAUCAGCUGAUUCCUGACACCCCCAGGGUCUGUGGCCCGAUCCCAGGAGGAGCCUGGGUUGCCAUGAGAGAGACCUUCGAGGCCCUCAGCUCCCUGGGUGAGCCAGCUGGACUAAAGGAACUUGGGGGUGGAGUAGGAGGAUUCAGGGGCAUACUAGGCCUGCUGCUUCCCUGAUUCAGACAGCAGAGCAUCCUCAGGAGACUGCAACCGUGAGACCCCAGAGAACCCGGGAGACUUUAGAGCAGCAUCCUUUCUGGUUUCAUCAGAAAGAAUGCCUGGCCCACGUUGGAGGUUGUGCUGGACUGUACUGCAGGUGCACAUGCGUACUCAACAGAGCAGCAGGGAUGUUUAAAUCUAUUUUCUCUCUUUCUUCCAUCGUCUGUCCUUGACUCAACAAAAAGGGGCUGAGGUUGAUAUCGGGCCAGGCUGCUGGGGAGCCUGUCCAUCCCUUGUCCGUGCUAGUUAGAGACCCUUCCUUCCUGAGCACAUGGGGAAAACCCAUUGGGUGGGCUGGACAAGAAAAGCCACCUUUGAUCACCUCCUCUGUACCGCAUGCUUUACUUGGACCCAUCCUUUUGAUCCUUUUGCCUGUAACAGGACUCUCUGUGGGGCAGCCGGAGAUGGCCCCCCAAAGUGAGCCUGGGGAAGGGUCCCAUAAUGCCCAGGAGCAGAUGUCGGCUCCCCAGGAAGAGAGAGUGCUGGGCACAUGCUCAGGUAAAUAAGCGGGGACCAUGGAAAGUGGCUCAGGACGGAGUCUUCCUUCCUUUGUUCAUCAAGUAUUUUUUGAGCACCUGCUGAGUACCACAUGCUAUUUUAGAUAUUUGGGAAACUUCAUUGACCAAGUAGACAAAGAUCCCGACCUUCCAGGAGUUUCAUCCUAGUGAAGGCAGAGAGUCAACAAACAACAGAUGUAAAAAUAAGUGUACUUAUAACCUAUGUUAGAAGAGGAUACGUGCGUCGUAGGGGAUAAAGCCUGGUGAGCGGGCCUGAGACCACUGUAGGUAGGGGUAGAGCUCGCCAUAGGAUUAAAUACGGUGGUAAGAGUGGGCCUCAUUGGGAAAGAAAGACGUGAAAGAGGUGAGGGAGGUGGCGUAGCAUUUACGGGGAGAAGGUGUGUACCUGGCUUCCUGACAUCCGGAUCUUCUCCAAUGAUUUGCCCUGGAACUGGGGCCCAUCUGGUGGCUGGGAGGUCCCCAUCCCUCCUCUUAAGGAGCCUCACAUAAGCCUCUGGGCAGGGACCUUUCCUUGCUUCCACUCUCUUACACACACAUAUUCCAGAAACUCCUCACAGUUGUGGCUCUUGCAACCCGCACAGCCUUAGCAGCUGCCCUGCUUGAAGGAGCCUGAGGCUGCUGCCCUGGGGGCAACUGGGAAAUCAGCCCCUGCAGGUAUGAUGGGGGAUGAAAUCCUGCCGGUGGGGCUGGGACUGGGAUCUCAAAAGCCCCUGUUUCCCAGCACCAGUGGGGACCUCUGUCCAUCUCUGAUGUCUGUGGCAUCCUUGAAGUAGCCUAUUCUCUGCCAGGGCACAAGGUCCCCAGCCCGGAGGAAGGUGUCCCCACUGAGCAAGCCGAAGCUCCCUGCAGAGGCCGGGUGUGCACACCCUGGAAGCCUGAGCCCGUGGGCUCCUGCCCAGACAUGCUCCCUCCUCCAAAUCUCCACUGACCUCAGUACUACCCAGAUGUUCCAAAUCUGUUGUAUUUGACUCAUCUCCCACACACCCAAGAGACUGAACAGUUGAUUAUCUCUCCACAACCCAGCCCAUCACUCCUUCCACUACAACCAGGGGACGAGUGGAUGAUUCGGAAGGUGAAGGUGGAGGAGGAGGAGCAGGAGGCAGGAGAGGAGGUGGAAUGGCCCAAGCAUCUAUCAUUACUCCCCAGCCCUUUUCCCUCGCCUGAACUGGGGCCCCUGGCCGCCGCAUAUAAGCUGGAGCCGGGGGCCCCAGGGGCUCUGGGCGGGCUCGCUCUGACCGGGUGGAUCCCGGCUUCGGAAAAGCCCUAUGGCUGCGGGGAGUGCGAGCGGCGGUUCCGGGACCAGCUGACCUUGCGGCUGCACCAGAGACUGCACCGCGGCGAGGGCCCGUGCGCCUGCCCGGACUGCGGCCGUAGCUUCACGCAGCGCGCGCACAUGCUGCUGCACCAGCGCAGCCACCGCGGCGAGCGGCCUUUCCCGUGCUCCGAGUGCGACAAGCGCUUCAGCAAGAAGGCCCACCUGACCCGCCACCUGCGCACGCACACGGGCGAGCGGCCCUACCCGUGCGCAGAGUGCGGCAAGCGCUUCAGCCAGAAGAUCCACCUGGGCUCGCACCAGAAGACACACACCGGCGAGCGGCCCUUCCCCUGCCCCGAGUGCGAGAAGCGCUUUCGUAAAAAGACGCACUUGAUUCGCCACCAGCGCAUCCACACGGGCGAGAGGCCCUACCAGUGCGCGCAGUGCGCACGCAGCUUCACGCACAAGCAGCACUUGGUGCGGCACCAGAGGGUGCACGAGGCGGCUGGACGCGCCCCGGCCUCUCCCGACCCGCCCGCCUCUCCCGCUUCCCCUGCCCCGUCCCCUACCCCGUCCCCUCCGGGGCCCAAGCCUUUCGCCUGCUCUGACUGCGGCCAGAGCUUCGGCUGGAAGAAGAACCUCGCCACGCACCAGCGUCUGCACCGCAGCGAGGGGAGCCCUUUCGGGUGCGAUGAGUGCGCGCUGGGCGCCACCGUGGACCCCGCCGCCGCCGAGCCCUUGGCAUGCGUGGCCCGAAGCACAGCGGCGCCCCAGGGCGCUCCCGCAGGCGAGCGGUCCUUCUUCUGCCCGGACUGUGGGCGCGGCUUCGCCCACGGGCAGCACCUGGCACGGCACCGGCAGGUGCACACAGGCGAUCGGCCCUUCGCCUGCGCGCAGUGUGGCCGCCGCUUCGGCUCGCGGCCCAACUUGGUGGCCCACUCCCGGGCCCACAGUGGCGCCAGGCCUUUCGCCUGUGCGCAGUGCGGCCGCCGCUUCAGCCGCAAGUCGCACCUGGGCCGCCACCAGGCGGUGCACACCGGCAGUCGCCCCCACGCCUGCGCCGUGUGCGCCCGCAGCUUCAGCUCCAAAACCAACCUGGUCCGCCACCAGGCCAUCCACACGGGCUCCCGCCCCUUCUCCUGCCCGCAGUGCGGCAAGAGCUUCAGCCGCAAGACCCACCUGGUGCGACACCAGCGCAUCCACGACGUAGCCGCCCUUCCGGCCUCUCAUGCUGUCCUCUCGGCCCCAGCCUGGCCCACUCCCACCGAGGUGGCAGCACCCGCGCUCUUCUUCUGAGCCUCGUUCUCUGCCGGACCCUGCCUUUGCUUUCUUUAGCUCACUGGUUCCCCAAUCCCAUAGGCGACAUCUCCUGGGCGGUGGAGCAGAUGGUCUGGACUCCUGCUGGCCAUUAUCUUUCCCUCUCCAUCUUACUGCGGAGAAUUCUGGAAAGGAUAACCAGCUUGGACAUUCUGUGACAAAAAUGCUAAGUGAACCCUUGGUGGGAACAGUUCAAGCCUGAGUCCUUGGAAAACUACCACCAAGAGACCCCAUCAGAAGACAGACAUUUCCUGGACCACCCCGGCCAAGGACUGACUAAGUCAGGAACCUCUACAGGGGGAGGGAAAAUCUGUGUACUUAAGUUUCAUUAAAAUUAAAAACUGAAGGUCUUGGGGCUAUUAAAGGAGUUGAGGGAUGGAA